AUGCUGCUGGACCGCCUGCUGUUGCAGCAACAGAGGGACAGAUCCUGCCUGAUCCAGAUCUUGUUGGCUCUUGCUGAGCCAGAGGGUGCCCAGGAAAGAGGCCGUGGCAGAAAGCAGCCGACCUCCUUGGGAGCAGAGCGUGGUAGAGAGGACCUGCCGCCUGCCUUGUGCGAGGCCAUUGCCCGGAUGCUGAGGGAGCCGGGAAGAGCCAGCGGGGCAGAGGGGACGUGGCAGGAUGGUGCCCUCGCGGUGCUGGUGGACCUGCAGCGGGAGCAGCAGGAGGAGCUCAGCCGCACCCUGGAGAGUCUGUCUGGGAUCCCGAGUGACAGGGAGGGAGCCGCUUGCCCUGCCCUCUUUGAGAAACUCCUCGCCCGGCUCCAGGAAUCACCCCUGACUUCUCUGGUCCGGGAUUUGCAGCCCGUCUCUCCCCAGGAGCAACAGCGCUCCCUCCUCCAACAGGGAACUGUGCAGACAGAGCGGGAGUUGCGCCUCACCCAGGAACCGUCCCCGUCUGAAGGAGAAGCACUUACUGCAGAUGAAAUACCUCAGAGGGAAGGCGAGACUUUGCUGAGGAAACCAGAGACUUCUCAACAAGAGAAGCAAAAAGGAUUUCAAGAUUCAGAGGCCCCUCAGGGCUCCGUAGCUCAUGGAAGCAACCGGAACCUCCCUCAGGACAAAGAGAUGCAGGCUGAACAAGGCCUUCUGCUCCAGGAGUUGAGUCCUGAUACCUUAGAGCCGCAGGUUGCGCUGCUGAGGAAAUCAAAAUCCUUGGGGUCUCUGGAGUUCCUGUUGAGCCAGGAUUUGCUGCCCCAAGGAUUGUGGGAUGUGGAAAUCCCUCAGCAAGCACCACAUGGAGGACUGGGGAUGCCCCACCUCCCAGGAGCGCAGGGUUGGGAGAUGGAAGCCGUAGAUGCCCAGACCCAUGGUGACCUCCAGUAUAUUCCACAGAGGGAAACCGAAGCCCUUCAAGAAAACGAAAGGAGGGAAACUUCAGAUCUGGAACCUCAGCGGGAGCCCCUUGCAUCUAGGAAACCAGAAGUCCCACACAGUGAGAGGAGUCAAAUAGCCUUUCAUACCCAGGGCACACAGUUCCCCGAACCCCCAGAAUGGAGAGAGUCAGAGGCUACUCCACCAUGGGAGGUCCUUCAGACCCACAAAGAUGUCCACAAGGAGUCCCUGGAUCCAGACACGAGACAUGGCAAGAUUCCGUGCCAGCAGGACCUGAGGUUUCCAGAGCUCUCCCAACUCCAGAGGUUUCUCCGGAAGAAAUCAAAAUCUUUUGAGCCCCAGCUUUUAUCCAGGGCAAGGCCAUGGGGGUCACCACAGAUUCAGCAGGAGGUAUGUGGACCUCAGAAAUGUGGAUAUCCUCAAGCUCUUCAGCCCCAGGAAUGGGAAGUUGAGGGAACUUCACAGGCAGAGAAGGAAGGUCUGAGGAGCCAUGAUUUGAGGGUGGGCCCGCAGCGUCAAAAGUUCCCAGAAAGCCGUGACGCACUCGUUCAGGUCCCAGAGCCCUUGGGUCUUGAAUCUGAGGAUAUGGCAAAGUUACAGGGUGUGGGGCAGCUGGAAGGCCUUCACAUCCCAGGAGGACCUCAAGGAAGGCCCCAUGGUUGCCUGCAGCAGGAGCAGGAGCUGACCCAAGCUGAGGAGAAGACGGAGGGCUUGGAAACCCCACAAGGCCAGCAAGGACCAGAGCUUUCCCAUCCUGAAACCCCUCCUCACUGCAGGAAUCUGUGGAGGAAGUCAAAGUCUCUUGAGCUGAGGAGGUCGUGGGCUUUUCAACCCCAGGAACUGAGGGAGCUGCACGUCGCUGGCACCCAGCCCCUGCACCCACAAAUGGGUGCAGGAGCUGUUCAGGCUCAAGAGUGCCAGGAACCAGAGGACUCUGAGGCGAAGAAAGCAAAGAAGGAACCACAGAGCCAUCAGGAAUUUUCUCAGGAGGCCUUUCAAGAGCAAGGGAUGGUCCAGAAAGGGGCGAGGGUUACUAGGCCUCAAAAUGUGAACGAAACACAGGACUUUUCAUCUGAGGGAGCAAAGGGUGUCAUAGUUCCACAAAGGCAGACACAGGUUCCUCAGUCCCCAGAGUGCAGAAGUCCAGAAUCUCCGCCUCUUCUGUGGAGAAUUAUGUGGCAGAAGGCAAAAUCGUUUGAGAUGAGGAAAAAAGAUGUCUUUCUGAGUCCAGGGCCGCGACCAGAGGCUCCAAAGCCGAGCAUCCUUUAUCGUCAGAAGAUGAAGGAAACCUUUGUGGGACAAUCAGAUGUUCUCACCCAGGGACAGAGACAAGAAAUGUCUCAAGAAAUGAGGGAGGGGGAAACCCGCCUAGUUGAAAAAUCUCCACAGAGAAGUCAACAAAUAUUUCAGAGUGAGGAAAUUUCCAAGAGGGAGCUGGGAUGGCCUAGACAUUCAGAAGAAUCACAGCCCUGUGACAAGAAGAGUCUGGAAGACACACAGACUCCAGAGACUGUGCCACAAAAGGAGAUGUGGGGUCCUCAGCCCCAGAGAGACCAGAAACCAGAGUCUCCUCCUCUUCUGUGGGGGGCUCUGGAACUGAAGUCAAAAUCUUUUGAGAUGAGGAAAUCAGAAGAGCACAAGCUGAAGAAGUCACUGAUGGUUCUGUCACAGAGAAGGCCACCGGUGGGACCAGAAGCUCAUAGGCCACAGGGAUGGAAAGUUCCAGAUACUCGUACUCCUCAGGAACUGAGGGAAGCUGAGGCCUCUCAGGCCCAGCCAGAAAAUGGAGCAUUGACAGCUCAGAGGGCUCCACCUGAGAGGUUAUAUGGUCCACUUCUAAGGGAGAGGGAGACCUUUCCAGGUCAAGAAACAAGGGAGCUGGAAGCACACCAAGACCAGGGAACCCCACUGAAGAAGACAACAGCUUUUGAGAGCCAGGAAGCACAACAACAAAGAAAGCUGGAGCCAUCAGAGGACCCAGGGACGGUUUCUCAAAGAUCGGGGGCUCCACAGGCCCUUCAGCCUGACAAAAAGAAGUUUCCAGAAAUGUCUCGGGCCCAGAGAAUGCCCGAAAUGGUUCUUCAGCCUGAGGAACACAGAAGCCUGGAAUCUCCACCUCUCCUGUGGAGGAUCCUAGGACUGAAGGCAAAAUCGUUUGAGCUGAGGAGGCCACGUCCCUUUCAGACCCAGAUCCAGAGAGAGAAGGAUGCUUCUUAUGGGCAGCAGGGACAAAUAGCCUCCCAGAGCCCCCAAAUCCUAAAAGAACCAAGGAGAUCACAGGCCACCCAAACAGACAUAGGGAAUGAUGGCACACAGCCAGGGCCAGAAGGGAACCCAAGGGUUCCUCAGCAUCAGAAACGUAGCAGUCCAGAAACACCUCCUCUUCUGUGGUGGGCCUUGGAGCUGGCCCAGCAAGAGACGCAACAUGGGAAUUUGUCGGUCUCUCCUCAGCCCCAGGAAACAGAAAUGCCCCCAGCAGCCCAUCUCCAGAGGGUGCUACAGACAGAGGCCCAGAAGUCGAAGAAACGUGCGCACCAAAAUAUUGUUUAUCCCCAGGAACCAAAGGAACCAGAAACUUCUCAGGUUCUGGAGAAGGAAAGGAAGGCCCCCAAAUCUUCACAGCCUCAGGAAACUCUCCCUGAGGUGGACUCCAAGUUGCCAGCUUCACAAGGCUUGGGGUCUCAGGGCUUGCAGAGGGCAGAAGCAACUCAACCCCCCAGGAAAACCCCUCAGGCCCGUGAUGUGCUGAAGGAGACAAGGGCUGUUCCUGUCCAGAAAUCUCCACCGACAGCAAAAGGUUCCCAAGAUGUGAAGAGAUCCCCAAAGAAGCAGGAUAAACGGGGGUCUUCUCUGUCACAAGGGAAAGUGCCCAAAAUGUGUGGCUCUUACAAAGUUGGCUGCUGUCACGUUCAUCCAUGCCAGGAACUCCAGGGGUGUGAGACAAAAGAUUGUGGUCCCUCAGGUGAGGCGCAGUUCCGUCCCCAAAAGGAGCUGAGGCUGGAAAGAGCUGAGGCUCUAGGGAGGAUUGAAGAUAAUGGUUGCUCAGCCCUAGAGGGGCAGAGUAGGACUGAAUGUCUCCUGCCCCCAGGAAGAUUACUAGGAAAAUCAAAGUCUCUUGACCCAAGAGACCUUCAGACCCAGAAGCCACAGAAACUGAGGGAGCAGGAGUCCCCUGGAGUUCAAAGAGAGCCAGAGGCCACAGCCUUUCGGGUUCAGGAAGAUCUCCAGAUGAAACCACAAAGUGAGACUCAGACCUUUGAAUCUCAGGAAGAGAGAAGCCUGGAGGCAUCAGAGACCCAAAGCACAUCACGGUCAUCUCAGCCUCAAGGACCAGGUGCAGAAAGCCCUUCUCAUCUUCAGAGCCGCAUGGAGAGAGCGUCUGAAUCCCGUGAGCUGAUGGGGCCACCUGAGAACUCACCACCUAGAGAUCCUGAGAACCUCACGCUCCAGGGAACUCUGGAUCCCAAGGGACAUUGUGAAUCACAGUGCUGUGGGGUCAAGAUGGAUGACAAGCACUCUGAGGUGGAAUGCACCCUGGGAAGAUCUUCCCAAACUUUCCAUGUACAAGAAACCUUUCAGCUUCAGGCAGCUCUGCAAAGGAAAUCAAAGUCUCUUGAGCCCCAGGACCUGUCAAGAUCACAGACUUUUGGGUGCCAGGCUUCAAAGGAACUAGAAACUCCCCAGUCUCUGAGAUACGCAGAGGGUUGUCCUCAGGUCCCUGAGAACCAAGCGCUGGAAAACAUCACAUCUUGCGAAACUACACAGGCGAUGAAGAACCUUCUGCAGGACACAUCGGUUGCAAAGAACGAAGAUGGAUCUUCUGUGCAGAAGAUGUUGAGAGACAAGGAGGUCUCACACCUUCAGGAGAAGCUUGGACAGAAGGAUCUAGGCGCCACCAAUGAAACACAGGAAGACAACCAACAGCUCCAAGGGCAGAAAGAAAAUGAAGACCUCCAACCACCAGGAGCGCCACAGACGGAGCAGAACCCUCUGGAGAUCCAAGGGCUUUUGCAAAGGGAUCUGGGGGGCAUUGGUCUGCCAGAUCCAAGGCAACCGUGUCUUCUUCAGCUUGAGGAGAAGAUCUGA